AUGGCCUACCAGCUCUAUUCUAGAGGAUCUGCGCGGUCUACGAAUGUGUCUUCCUCGUCGCCUCUCCCGCCGACAACGAGACAGGGACAACCGCCGAUCCACCCGGUGCCUCCUCAGCUGCCACGGUCCGCUGCGACAAGCCCUCGCGCAGCCGCAAAACCCUUGAGUCAGGAACACUUUGAUCCGUAUCCGGGAGACUUCUCAGCGAGUCAUGUCACUCCACACUCUCAUAUCACGGUUGAGAGUGUCCGUACAGCGCAUAUCCCUUCCUUGACGCGGAUCACAGGAUUGCUCUUGCCGAUUCGCUAUCCAAACUCUUUUUACACCAACAUCAUCACUGACCCGGUGAUCGCGUCGCUGUCACGCGUCGCAAUCUACCAUGACCACCCAGUCGCUGCUGCGCCCAACUCGAGCAGCGCAUCUGGCUCAGACAAGGUCAUCGGGGGCAUUCGAUGUCGGUUGGAGCCACAGGGCUCCAACCCACAAGGACAAGGCCGUGUGGCGACCAAUCUUUAUAUUCAGACGCUGCAUCUACUCUCUCCGUACCGGGGUCAUGGCAUCGCGGCUGCUCUCUUGAACUCUCUAUUAUUUGCUUCGUCGGAGGGAGCCAGUGACAAAGGUCAGGUCUCAGAGAUCGUGAAACACUACAAUAUACGUUCUGUGACUGCGCAUGUCCACGAAGCAAAUGAGGAUGGCUUGCGGUGGUACGUUGCUCGCGGAUUCAGGGUCCAGGGCGGGACGGUCGAGGGCUACUAUCGGCGACUGCAACCUUCCGGUGCCAAGAUUGUGCGUCUGGAUGUGCCCUGGGACGGAAAAGCCGACGACCGCAGUGCACCGCGGGAGGCGCAGGCUGCCAAAGUAGACGCUCCACACCGAACAUCCAGCGAUGCGGAGGAUGAAGAGUGGGAGAAGGUGGAGGUUCAUCAUGAUGAUGACGAAGAUGACGAUCACGGUGUUGAAUUGCUGGGCGAGUCUCGUGUCUUGGAUCGAGAUGACUUGACGCCAUCACGAAAGCGCAAAGCCGAGGAGGAAGGCGGAAACCGGCCUCCUCGGAGGUAA